AUGGACCGCGGACGCCCCGCGAGCGGCCGCCUGAGCGCCGGCGCCGAGCCUGCUCCCGCGGCCUCCGCCACCCGCGACUCGAGCCCCGGGCGGACCGGGACGGGGCCGGCGGGCACCGCGGGUGGCGCGCGCUCCGGAGGCGGACGGCCGGCGGCGGCGAACGCGGCGCGGGAGCGCAGCCGCGUGCAGACCCUGCGGCACGCCUUCCUGGAGCUGCAGCGCACGCUGCCGUCCGUGCCGCCCGACACCAAGCUGUCCAAGCUGGACGUGCUCCUGCUGGCUACCACCUACAUCGCGCACCUCACCCGCAGCCUGCAGGACGAUGCCGAGGCGCCGGCGGACCCUGGACUAGGCGCCCUGCGCGGCGACGGCUACCUGCACCCUGUCAAGAAAUGGCCUAUGCGAUCAAGAUUAUACAUUGGUGCUACUGGUCAGUUUCUGAAGCAUUCCGUCUCUGGAGAAAAAACAAAUCAUGACAACAGUCCAACAGACUCACAGCCUUAGGCUCUCCCAUAGUAGGAGCUGGUAACAGUGGUGGCUGUUGUUUUAAAUACUAUGAAAUAAUUCUGUAUUUAUUA